UCUUGGGUCACAACCUCUGACCUUUAUUUACAGACUGGGAGGACACAGCAUAUUUUGACAAAAUAACUAUAAUUUAUUUGUUUUAACGCAUGUGGGGUAAGUUAAUAGGAUUGUUACAUUUCUGUAGUACAUUAAAAAGCUGCGACGGUAGAAAUUCAUACUAUGGCUGAUACCACAUGUGAUAAAGUAAAUUAGGUUUGGGAGGCCGCCAUUCCCAGUCUCAGUUCACUUUUAACUCUGCUCGCGCGUAUAAUUUUCUAACGGACUUCGGUUCCCCACUUCAUUUUCGAAUUUAAUGGUCUGUAGGCUUUUUAAAUAUCAUUAGACUGAUUCGUUAUAUAAUAAAUACUGCGAUAUGGACAUCUGUGGAACCAUUAAUGCCGGCUGAAAAGGCAGGAAGUGUUGCUAUUUUGGCUAGUCGAGCCGAGGCCAUUCGUAAACAUAACCCCCUUCUUCGCCACAUGGGUUUGGGUGCAUGACCUUUAGAAGUUUGUAUAUCAUUGACACACUUGAUUUCACAACAUAACAUUUAAAAAUGGUGUUCACAAGUUAUAACUAAAAUUAACCUCACAUAAUACAUAUUCUGGGCUUUACAUUAAUUUAAUAACUGACUUCAUCACCAGCCGUCUAGAUUUUUUAGCCUCUCCCGAUAUUAUCGAUCUCCUUCAACCUUUGUCCUUUAGCUCACGGUCAGCAAAAUAGAUCUAGGUCGCCAGAAUAUUUUAUGCAAAUUUAUCGGUCACUGAACUGUUGCGCUGUUUGUAAGGAACGAUGAAAUUUUGCCAGACCAUGUCUUUUGAACCAUACAACUGUCUUGAAAUCUUAGUGUUAAUUUUGGCUUAAAAAGUAGGGGAAAUUAAUUAUACUUUCCUCAACUUCAACUAUGCUAUUGACUAUACUAUAACUAUUAUUGGUAAAUUGAUACACCUCUCAUAAUUCAUAUAUAUAUAUUCCCAUAGCCCCCCCCCCUCUUUUUGCAUCUAUUUCGCUCUCCCACUCACUAGCAGACUGUCUGAAAUCGUCAUUUCCAUGGGCAUGACUGCCUUGACAUAUUUAGACCGCUUUAUGACUUUAAAUGGGGACAGCCUCAAUGCCUUUAUUAAAAUAACUAAAAUAUACAGUUAUUGGUAUUGGUAAUAAGACCUUUGCUGCAUUUACUGUAAUAGGAAUUAUGUAUUUGGGCAUAAUACUAAUAUUAUAUAAUAUAUAGGGCCUACUUUUUAUUUUAUAAGCAUAAUCACUAUUAUAGUCCUUUGCCUUAUUACUUAGCCCUACUCCUUACUAAUAUUUGGCUAGAAUAUUUGCUUUAAAACAUUCAUAUAAGAAAUGACUGCAGUUUCAUUUCAACUAUUGCCCAUUGGUCCAAUGGUCAAUAGUUGAAUGAAUCAUUGGUGUAAUUAGUUAAACUGUAAUCUUAAAAAAUUGUAAUGAAUAAAGUUAUUUAUAAACAGUUCAUUUUCGUAUCCUGUAACUGUAACCAUUUUCAUUUUGGAAAAUUUCUUGAUUUAUAAUUUAUUUAAUUUUGCUUUUUCCUAUGAGGCUAAAAUUUAAUUUUAUAAUAAAUAUGACAGAUCUUUACAACAGUUUAAAAUAACUAUGAUGUAAACUGUUAACAAAAUGAAAAUUGUGUCCUCUCACUUUGAUAUUCCAGUGUCUGUUAGAAUAUCAUCUGUGAAAUUGAUUGGUCAGUGAAAAUAGAAAGUUGUUGACUUAGCAAAAGGACCUUUAAUAAAUAAAUUAAAUGGCAAAUCUAAAGGGGGAGAUGGGGGUCACAAAUUUGUGAUGGGGGAAUUUGUAAUUUGACUAUGGAGGAUGAUAGACAGGCAAAAAAAAAAAUUGACAAAAUAAUGUGCCAUAGUAAAAGAGACAGAAAUUUUAAUCACUAAAAGAUGCACCAUUUUAAAAUGCAAACUGUAACUUACAGCAUAAGCAUUCCAAAAACACCAAGUUUAUCUUUCUAGCUCAUAAAGAAGUGGAGUUAAUAUUUUUUGUGUGCAAUAUUUAAUUGCCUUUCACUUUCAUGUUGCAUUUAAAAGCACUAUUUUGCUAAUACCUUUUUUAUUUAAAAUUAUAAGUUGCAAAAUUUCAGGAGACACCAGUUACAAUGCAAUUACAUAUAAAAAAUAGAUAGUGAACAUAGCUAAAUCUGAAAAUAUUGAUACAUUUAUUAAAUGGAUAGUAUGUGUUCAUUUUAAAGUAUAGUAUACCAUGCCCUCUCCUUAAAAAAAGUUUUAAAAAAUUUUUAAAAAUAAAAAGAGUGACAGUGUUUUUUGUUUAUCAGAAUGCCCCUACCUUUUCAUCAUGUAAAAUUUAAUAAUGUAAUUUAUUGCUUUACAGGCCUUUUGUUUAUGGUGUGCAAGGGUUCCAUAUAUCCACAUGGCAACUUUGGAGGAGGGAUCCUCUCUGGAAGCUAAGAAAGAAAUCAACUCAGAAAUUGAUGCUGCCACAGCUGCUGUUAUGGAUGGUACAGAAAUGAUUCAUGUUAUGACCACAGGAAGUUCUGGCUCUGUGACACUACCAAUCACUCUUACUCAAGGUGGUCUCAUGUCUUUGGCCUCUCCAGGGCAAACUGUAAGUGGUUUUAAUUACUUAAUUAAAUACUUGGUUAAAAUUGCAAUUUUCUUUUUUCUUUUGCUGUUUUUGUUGUUUUUUUUUUUUUUUUUUUUUGCAAUGUGGAGAUACGGUUUAUACCAGAGGUACUUUUUAAAUUGGAUAGUUUAAACCAAUUUUUUUUUCUUUUUUUUUUUUUUUUUUUUUUUUUUUUUUUUUUUUUUUUUUUUUUUUUUUUUUUUUUUUUGCAAUGUGGAGAUACGGUUUAUACCAGAGGUACUUUUUAAACUGGAUAGUUAAAACCAAUUUUUGCUUGCAUCAAAUUUAUAUAGAUCUAAUUUUAUUUUUCAUGGACGUAAUUAUUAAUAAUCAUUAAUUUGAUCAAGAUUUUAUAUUUUGGUAUGUGGUAUCCUUCGAAGUAUUAAAAUUAUUGUGAAGCAUGGUGAUUGCAUCAUUAUCUUAAUUUAACAUUUGGUUAGUUCUUUUCAGAAAAUACAUCUUUAAAAAUAAUUGUUUUGGAAACACUUUUGGUUGGGGGUUUUCAAAUUUUAAACAUUAUUUUAAGGGGAUUAUGACUUAUCCUUGGCAUCUAAGCAACAUAUUUUAUAUAGGACAUAUUAUCCUUCAAAUGAUAUCAAAUACUAAGAUGGAAACUAUAAGUUUUUUUUAAAAAUGUAAAAAUUCAGGUCAAAGUGUGAUAUUUAAGAGCUGCUUAUUUAUUUUGAAUAGUAUGUUAUGAAAAGCGACAAAUGAUUAAAAUUAGGUCAUCCUGCUUUUAUGACUAAUUGUAAUUUUAUACUUAUUUUAGUUGCAUCAACGACUCUAAAGAAAUAUUGUAGUAUUUUUAAUACAAAGACAUUUUUAAUUAUUUUACCAGAUAAAUAUAAAUUUCACUUAAUAUUUUGAUUGCAAUUUGAAUUUAGGAAAAUAACAUUUUAUUAAAAUUGUCUUUUAAUUCAUUGCUUUAAAAAUUGACAUAAUAAAAGAAUUUUGUUAUAAUGUAAAAUAACCAAUUUAAUGCAUAUUUCUUUCUGACCUCAAAAUUCAAAUGUCACAGAUGACUGACCAAGGCAUCACUUAUUUACUGCAGGGUGGCAGCAUGUCAAAUGGGAGCCAGGUUGUUAUGACGGGUUCUGAUUUAACCCUGCGUCUUGAUAAAGGCAGCACACAAGUUGUUCAAGUGCCCACAAGCUCACUCACACAAGUGGACUGGGCAUCCAAAUUAAAAGUAAGGACUCCCUUGAAUUGCAUAAAAAGCUAUCAAGAAGAAGUUACUAGUUUAAAGUGAAGGAAAUAAUAAACACUGUUUAUUAAAUUAGUAUUCAUAUGUAUUGAUGAUGUAUAUUCCUAGAGAUAUUUGUGUUUAAAGAAUACAAUUAUUAUAUCCCCUCAGGAAUUACAGCAUGCUCAGCGACUUGAAAGGCUAAGAGAAGAACAAAGACAGGUGCAAGAUCGAGUCACUCAAAAGAUGCAGUUCGAACAGAAAUAUGAACCUUGUGUUGUCUGUGGGGACAGAGCCUCUGGUUAGUUUAACUAAAUUUUCUCUGGAUUAGGGAUUUCCUUGGGUGCUCGCAACCCCAGGUGGUGUUAGUUAGCUUUUCAGGGGUUGCUUGGAAAUUGAUUUCUAUGAGCAGAGGAGUCAUUGAUUUUUUUGUUUGUUAGUAAUAUGUUACAAGUUUAUUUUGUAGGAUCUACAUUUUUCUUUGCAAGUCAACUUUAAAAAUAUAGAAAUAAAGUAGAAUAUAUAAAAGCCUGUUCUAGGUUAUUUUAAAAGACAAUUUAAAUUGUGUAUGAUUUAAAAGUGUUAAUUGAAAACCAUAAAUUAUUUACAACUUUAUGUUUUUAUGUGGCUCCAACUAAUACAAGUAUAGUAGAUAUUUAAAUGAGAAUUUAUGAAUAAGAGUCUUCACUAACAGGGGAGAUUUUCAUUUUAAAAAGAAAAGACGUGUAGCUAAUUGAAAACAAUUGUUGAGAUAAGAUAAUUUAGAUAUGAGUAUGUACUAUAAUUUAUUAAAAUGUCAAAACUUUUAAAGCUUUACCAGAUUAACCUCUGGGAUGUUGGGGAAGUUAGCGAAAACAAUUUUCCAAGUAUUCUAUGCCCUCCAAAAAAUAGACUUGUCAAGUCAAGAUAAAAGCUUGUUAUAAAAUUUUAUAAAAACUUUUAUAUUAAACUACAUAAAAUUGAAUAUGUUUUUAAACAAAGUAAGGAUUUUAUUAUUCUGCCAAUUAUGAAUGAUAGCUUGACACUGUAAGCUGUUUAACUUCCUGACAUAAUAAGUUAUUAAACCUAUAUAACGGUAAAGUGCAUUUGCUCAGUGGCGCCAAGCCAUGUUAGCAUUUCCAUAUGCUUAUCUCAAGUCACAAAAUACCAUAAAAAAAUAAUUUAGAAACCCUUACAAAGUAUACAUUAAUGAAAGUACAUUGGAUAAGGAAUCAUUCAUGUGGUAAUUUAUAUUAAUUUUUUCAUUCACUACCUUUGAAUUUCUUUCAUACAAAACAGAACUACAAGGGAGAAACAUGAAAUGAGUUGAAUAAAUAGCAUAAAUAAACAAAUGUUUUUAGAAUGACUCUUUAGGAUCCAGUUUCUGUCUUUUCUGUUCAGUUUCCACCCUUACCCAAAGGAAUUUGUCUUUAACAAUACAACUAAGCUUAGGAUUUAAUUGUCAAUAUCUGACUCUUGUCACCCCUCUAGUGCAAAUUCUGUCAUUACUAUCAUGUGGAAUACCUAUGAAAUAAUUUUUGUUUUCAUUUUGUUCCGUUUGAUAUAAUUUGAAAUAAUUCCAAUAAAGAAAUUUGAGUUAAUUUCACCAUAAUCAAUUACAAAACAACCUCGAUAAAAGCAUGUUUACACAUGACAAGAUAAGACUUUUGAAAUUGUACAAUUUUAGGAUAGAAAUUUCUUUGGCUGACUUUUUGUAUGCAGAAUUUGUCCAUGUUCAUGUUAGAAACAGAAGUAAAAAACUAACUAAUUUCUAUAUAGUGAUUUCCCCUUUAAUUAAGAUUUUAGGAGCCAAAUCUGGCCUUGACACCAAAGAUCUACGUAAUGACAGUUAUAGGUUUAAUAAAAUUAUCAACAUGUACAUGAAGAUCCUGUGAGCUAAUUUUGUUGUGUAAUAAUUCAGCCAUGUCUCAAUAAUAAUCUUGAAAUUAAAAAAAAUAUUGACAUCUAGCUUGUAAUUUGGAAAGUUGGUGUAAAGUUUUUUCAAUGCAUGUUCUGACUCCACUACUCAGCUACAGACACUGACUUAAAUUUCAGUUAGUAACCUGUAUACAGGACCCAGUAUAUGCUCCCUUUUCUCUUCUGUUAACCAGUGUGGUGAUUUUUUUUAAUCCCCCAUCUGUUUAAACUACAGGGCGACACUAUGGAGCAAUCAGUUGUGAGGGCUGCAAAGGUUUUUUCAAGCGCUCAAUCAGGAAACAGUUAGGCUAUGCAUGCAGGGGUGCUAGGGAUUGUCCUGUGACAAAACUACACCGCAAUCGAUGCCAGUACUGCAGACUUCAGAAAUGUUUGGCAGUUGGCAUGAGAUCAGAAUGUAAGUAUAAGUAAAUAUGGCAUUAUAUAACAUUUUUAUUUGUUCAACUGUUGAUAUAACAUUAUUACUUACAAUAGCAUAACAUUGGUAGUGCACUUAAACGAUAACAAAAAAUCAUUGUUUGUAAAAGUUUGUUAAUUAUUUUCCUCAUUUGAUGUGUUACUCUGAUAAGGCUUGUUGCCUAUAACUAUAAAUAAUGGUGUAUUGUGCAUGUUUCAAUUCAGCUGUACAGCAGGAGAGGAGGCCUAGUGAUCAAAGGGACAAAGUGCCUGGUACAGUAGCGACAUCCACACAGCGUAUUUAUAUCAGGAAAGAUUUCAACAGCCCUUCAGCUGCUAUUCCCACAUUCAGUCCCAAGGUUGUUUUGAAACCAUAUUUUCAUUUUAUUGUCUGUCCUUUUCCGUUUCUUGGUCAAUGUAAAUACAAAUUAAAGAAAAUUCUUGCAAUACACCAUCUCAAAGUAUUCUAUUUAAUUACUGGCAUAGUUGUGUUGUUUAAAUGGUCAUUAUUCAAAUAGUAUUACUUAUAUUUUAUAUUUGCAGAGUUUGGAUGAUCCAAAGUACGGCAGUCUGCUAGCCAACUUACAAGAACGAGUUGUGCAUACUGAUCAAGGCAUGGUUGUUCUCAGUUCACAAAUGUCACCAAAUUCUGCCAUAAACACAGGUUGGUGAUGUUUUUUUAAAAAAAAAUUUGGCUUGGUAAUGUAAGCUUGGCUGGGUUUUUAAACUUAAUUUCAUUAGGUGCAUUGACAUAUACAUUUUUUUUACAUGCAGAACUUUGAUGCACUGGAAAAUAAAGGAAGAAAUCUGUGGAAAUAUCUAUUUAAACAAAAUUAUUAAUAUAGCUUUAUCUGUUUUCUGGUGUAAAUUCAAUAAUUACAGACCUGUUUACUCACGAUUUUGGUGUACAAUGUGUGAUUUUGAGAUAUCAUUUACGAUUGUACGCCAAGACCUGUUAAGACUACAUUCCAGUAGCUUUUCCGAUUUAAAAAAAAGCUGUUAAAAAAUACAUUUUCUGUUGUUAGUUUUUACUUGCAUUUGCAUUCUAAAUCCAGCAGUGAAUGGAUUGAGAAAUAAGAUUGGUUAGGCACUAUUUAUAAUUAUAUUAUAUUUGUAUUGAGAGGGGAAUGGAGUGGUGUUGAUUUAGGAUAUUUUGUGUACCGAUGGGAAUCUAAAUAUUUAAAUCUAUAAAAUUAACACUGCCACAUUUCAGUAAUGCUAGUGGUGAUGGUCAUAUUGUUGCUUUGUGUUUUCAUAAUGAAUUUGCAAGACAUGGCGACAGUAAUAUUAGCAUAGUGACCCUCGUGACAAUUUAAGUAAAUCUGGGGCCAUCUGAGAAGGGCUUUCGAUUAUUUAGAUUUUGCAUACACGUGCAUAUGGUGGGUCUGCGUAUCAUGUUAACAUUUUUUUCAAUAUUUAGCCUGACCUGACACACAGAAUGUCCAUAAAUAGCAUAUUUAUAUUUCAAAUGCUGUAAAAAUAUCUAGAAAUGUUCAGUAGGAACUAUCGUAAUGAUGUCGUGUAUUUAAAAAAAAAACUUUCUAGAUAUACUCAGUCGGUGCUAAGUAGUAAAGGUAUUAUAGUAAUAUUCAUAAUAUGCCAAUUCAGGUAUAAAGUGGGGAAAAAAAUUAUGAAAAUUUUGUAAUAUUUUGCAACUGCCCUGUGAGCACACAGCAGUAAGCCAUAUAGAAAAUUUGGGUCAUCAAAAAUGUAUGUGUGCAGGGGGGAGGGUGUUGAAACUUUUACUUUUUUGCGUACAUACUAUAUAGAUGGCCCCUCUUUGCAUUUGUUUGCUUUGGGGGCUGUAUGACUUAAUUUUGUGACAUAAUUACCGUUGAACCUUGAUGAAUGUAGAAAUGGAGAAAACUAGAGAAUGUUUCUUCACUUUUCAGCGCAGCAACAUUAGAGUUCGAUAUAUUUAAUAGUAAUAGGAUUGACUGUGCCUUUGAAAUCAAUUUUCAGAACAGCUGUAGGAUUUUUUUAAUACCCCCUCUUUCUGUUAAACAUUAACAGUCUUUGGUAGUUAUCAGCCUGCUGUAAUAUUUUGACGGGAAAUAUGCAGACUGGAUGUUCUUAGUUUUAAAAAAAAUUGGCUUUUCCUAAAUAAUAAAUCUCAAGUUACUAUUACUUGGUUGUUGUUUUUUUUUUUAAUGACGCCCUAAUUUAAUUAAUUCUUAUUUUAUUUUAAGCUGAUGUGACUUUGAGUUUGAACAACAUUAAAUUUCCCCAGCAACUUUAUUUUACCAGUGACAGACUGGGAUAAUGUGAUCUGCAUGUUUACAUGAAUAUUAAUUGAUAUCUAUAGCAGAUACACGUCUGCAAAACAAAGUGAUCCCCAUAUUGCAAUAUAAAUGACAGUCAUCCAUUUUUAACUUUAAGAAGUAACCAUUUUUGGCGCCAGCAUUACUUGAUCCCACUAGACAUGCGAUGGGAGUAGUUAUCGCAAACAUUAUAUAUACUUUUACCGUAUAUUUAUUUUUUUACUAUUAAACUACUGUAUUGUAUGAUUUUUGAGAUGGUAUUGUACGAUUUUAGGAGUAAAAAAGGUAAAACAGGUCUGUAAUUACAAUUACUUUAAAGAUAGUUCUGAAAUAUUUUGUUCACUAUAUACAUUUUGGAAUACCUUAUUUAUCAGCCUCUAAUAGCUAGAGACUAUUAUUCUAGCUCAUAUAUUAAUUUUAAUAUAGACAUUUUAAAAGAAAUUGUUGGACAGACUUUACUUUUCUAGAAGAAUCCCAUGUAUUCUAAUUAUUUUUUAUUUCAAUUUUGCUUGCUUUAUUUAGGUUAUAGAAUUAUAAUAACCCUUAGACUAUAUUUCACAUCCAAAUAUUUUGUAUUUAGAUGAAAAUUUUCACAUAAUUCAAGUCAAGUCUAUUUUCACUUGAAAAAUGAAACUUGAAUCUUCUUAAAGACUGGUACAUUACUGCAUAUUUUUUAUAUAAAUACUUAAUAUUUGGUGCUUCUUUGUAUAUAGAUGUUGUUAAGUGUAUUUUAUUUUGUUAUCAUGCUAAAUCUAUAUUAUAAACACAUGAAUCAGUGACUUUAUUAAGAUUUCCCUCAAUAAUUUAGGCAUUGCCUUUUGGGUCAGUAAUAGUUAUAAUACCUACCACAGUUUUUGGAAUAUAUAUUAAUAGCAAAUUUUAUAUCCUUUUCUGAUUCAUGUGUUGCCUCAUAGUUGUAUAGUAUUUUUUUUUUUAGUUUCCUUUAUUUUAUUGUGUGCUUUUUUAUUUAGAUCUCACCACCUUAGCCAAUGUUGUCAGCACAGUGAGCAAUACUGAAGGUAAUUUCCUGAAGCUAAAGAUUUCCAUUAGCCUGGAAAAGCUUUAUUUCCCACUAUAAGAAGAACCAAAAAUUUUUUUUUACUCUCUGCGCUAUUAGGAUUUUAAAAAAAUUAUCCAAUAUUCCAAACUUAAAUGAUUCAUUUUUAAUCUUAAAAAAAAAUGAUUGGGGUGUUAAUGAUUUAAAAACUUACUUUUUUUGAACUUAUAAAAGUAUAUCUUCAUAGUAAUACUUUGCAAAUUAGUCAGAAUUUUAAUAAUGUAAAUGUUCAGUUUAAGUUGUGAAUUAUGAAAUGAAAAUGGACUACAUCUAUUAAAUCUGAAUAGUUGUAAUACAGUUUUGUAAAGAAAUUCAAGAAAUAUGUUAUUAUUUCCAGUGAUGACAAACUUGGCGAUAGAAGGUUUGUAAAAGUGGCUAAGUCUUUCUUAAAAUACACCCCAUGUACACGUUCUUAAAGCAUUUUUAAUGAUCAAGUAUUUUACAAUUAAGCAUCUGUUAAAGUAUUCACUAAGUGAAUUAGACUUUACUGUACCAAUUCCACUCUUGUUCCCUCUAAACCCCGAUCCCAAUUGGUAAAAAAACAUAUGUGCUCAACAUUAAGCAAAGUAAUAUUUUUGUCUAAUAAGAUGUUUUUUGUGAUAUACUGGUUAUCAUUUUAUUAUUUACAUAAAGAACACUGUCUCCCUGCCUGUUUAAAAAAGAAAUUUGUUCAUAUCCCUGAAGUGUGAUCAAAGCAUGGUGAAUUUAAAUAAGAACAUAUUUAUGUUCUUAGCUGGUAAAAUGAAGUGCAUCAAUUAUUUCUUUUAUGAGAAAUAGAUUUUAGAAUUGCCCUUUUGCACCUUGUAUUUAAAUCACAUUUUUAAAAAGCAUUUUUUUACAAAUCAAGCACGGGAAAUAUUCAGAAUUUAUUACGUUUAAAAUGCUUAAAGAGUAAUUUCCUUAAAGAGUAAUUUCCUUUCCAUGUAUUCUUAUUUUAAAAUUUAAUUGUGAUAAUACCCCAUGGGAUCGCUAAAUUCAACUCUAUCUUUCUUUCUUUGAAAUGAAUUAUUUGUUGACAAAUGAUAUUAAAUAAAUCAUUUCCUUGCAUCUUCAUUAUCUAUUAUUUGAAUUGUUUCAAAGCUCAUCAAUUUUAGUUCCUUAAAUACUUAAUCGUUUGUUGUCAUAAUUUGAUUCAAACUGCAGCGAACUAUUAUGUGAAAUAUGCCUGGAUAUUUUCUUUCUUUAUUUUUUUCUGAUUCAUGUGCUCAUUGCUUGAUUCGUCGCAGCUAAUCCAACAUGCUUUAAAAAAAACCCCCUCCUUUUCUGUUGUACGGGAAAGUUUCCUCUGUUGUAGUUUGCUAACCAAUUCAAUGUAGAAAAUUCCUGCUUUUUAUCUUUACCCAUAUUUAAAAACCAAUUUUAUUGUUUUUAAAAGACCAUUAAAAGGUGUUAUCUCAGGCUCACCUACGCAUGAAGUUGUUAAUUUUAAAAAUGUCCUAUUUCGUUCUCCAAUUUUUCGUUGCCAAAAGGAUCUGAUGAAACUGAAAAGUGUUUAUCAUACGCUCCUGAUUUUUUGCUUAGCUUUAUGCAUGAGAAGUAUAAUGCUGUAAAAUUACCCGUACUAUGUUCAGUUAAGGAUCAUUUAUUCGGUCUAUUUUACGACAUUACUUUCAUUGGUUGUUAACAGUCAAACUGAAAAGUACAAACACUCAUACAUUUUGAACUAUACAUCUUUAAAAUUUUAAUUAUGUUUGUUUUGUACAGAAAGCAUGAAUUACAAAUGGGUUCUGGAGAAAAUAGUCAAUAUUCAUUUGUCUGGUUAACAUACAAUUUUUCUUCUUUCUCUUUCAAUAACAAUAUCAGGUUUUAAAAAAAGCAAAAAAAACUCUCCAUGAUCUAUUAUUUACACACAAAAACAACUUUUAUUUAGUUUCUGUUCUGCUAUGCUUGGUUUCACCCUUAUUUGGGUUUUAGUUUUGACACCUUUAUAUUAUCAGAUCUGGCAACACUUGCAGAUGUAGUGUGCACAGUCAACAACACAGAAGGUAAACUUUACAUGUUGACAAAUAUUUGAUGUUUUCUUGCUUAUUGUAAUCAUGGUUUCCAUAUAGAUUAUAUCUUAUUUAUUCAUUGCCACAUCUCUUUUUAUAUCUUUAAAAAUUCAAAAAUUUCUUUGUUGUCUAUUAAAUUUGCUAUUGCUUUCAAGUUUAAUUCACACUUAAGGAUAGGUUUAGAUGAAUUAUUUAAUGUUAUACCUGCUAACCACUAAUUUAGGUACACAAGCAGAUCAACCUAUUUAAUUUCUUUUGAAUGAUUGGUUCUUUGCUGAGAAAUGUCAUUACGUACUAGAUUCAUUUAAAUUUAUUUAUUUUUUUUUUUUAAAUUUACCAUAAGGAAUAUUUUUUUGUUUUUGUGUAUUAAGAAACUAAAACAUUCAGGGUUCAGGUGAUUUAAAUCAACUAAUCUAAAUAAUUGAUUUUAAUUUAUUUUAAUAGGAACCCUAAAAAUCAUGAUUAAAUAUUUAAAAAAUUGAUUUCAAAUACCGGUAUAUUUAUUUAAUUAAUCUAUUUAAAUAGGCACUUUCUAAAAAUAACUAAGUUUUAAAAAUAUUUUCAGUCACAUAUUUAAUAUCUUACUAUUCAAUGUGCGCCAGAAGUAACAUAACUGAAAUUUAUAUCAUACUGGUGUUUUUCAGCGGUGCAUUCCUCCAGUUGUCAUGUGAUCAGUGUUCUUAAUUAAGAUAUAUUGUGAAUGUGUAGUCUCCUAUCAAAUUCACUUAGUGGUCUAUCAUAACCCCCUCUUCUGUUGACAUAAUACCUUUUCAAGAUGGCGCAAUCUUGUAAUAAUAUGCUGCAUCAUUGUGUCACUUGAUGCCAUAUUUUAAAACUCUUUCGGAAUUGUUCUGUCACCAUUUUUAAACUUGGUCCUCAUUCGUGACCGCUUACAUAUAAGCAAAAAUAAAUGUAAACUAGGUAUACCCAUCUGAGUGACCCAUUUCAAAUACAAUUGCCCUGUAUACAGACCUGUUUACCCUCAAACUCUUAAAAUUGCACAGUUUCAUCACAAAAUCGUUCAAUGCAUUAUCUAAAUAGUAAAAAAUAAACAUACAAUAUAUAUAUAAUGUGUACACUUCAAAAUCGUACAGUGUACGUCAAGAUCGUAAGAGUAAACAGUUCUGUAUAUAUUUUCCUUUUGAUUUCUGGAACAUGUGGCUACUGGGAAUUGUCACAGUUGAACAUGUAUACACAGAAUUUUCACCACUGUUAUAUCAGUGCAUGCUGUAUAAUUGUGAAAAUUUGUAAAGAUAAAUUAAAUUUUUAUUCAUUUUUAACUUCUUCGUUUUCAGAAAUUGACUUUGGGUUGGGAUGGUCAGAAAAUAUUUUUUUCGAUUUAAAUUAUUAGUCUAAAUCAUAGGUGCUUAGGCGAAAUCAAGCGACAUUGGCAAAUGACAACUUUAUGAUAUUGAUAAUUAUUUGAAAGUGUGAAAUUGAUUUGAAAUUCUUAUUCAAAUAGAUAGUAUAGAGAUUUAAAUAUAUAUGACUAUCGUUGAUUUAUUUUUUGGUAACUUUUUUUAUCUUUCAUCAUCAAUUUUAUUAGAGUACUUACUAUACCCCGCCAUACAUUGGCUUACCUCCUUUCCCCUGCCUGGUACGUCAACCCCCUAAACUAAAACUUGUACUUUAUUAACCUCUAUUUGUAUUGUUAGAAUGUGUUGUCCAAAGCAACUCCAACAUUAUAUAUAAAUUAAUCAAAGUUUCUUCUUUUUCUCUUCAGAUCUUUCCACUCUUGCCAGUGUAGUGACCACUCUGGCAACUAUGGGCAAAGAGGAGGUAACUCUAGAUGAUUUGUCUAAUCCCCAAACCGGUUCUCCCCCCCAUAAUAAUGGAGAUGCCAACCGUAGCACGCCAGACGCAGCUGCUAGAGCAUUUGACAAUUUAGCUAAAGCUGUGCAGAGUCCACAGAGCCAGGUGAUAUGAAGAUAAGAUACUCAAUGAUUAUAUGAAGACUAUGCUCCGAGUACACUUCAGUAGUUUAUGCCAAAACCUUUUUUUAUCAGAUUGUUUACAUCUUUGGAUGCAAGGUGAUUAUGAAGCAUGUUAGAGCAUAAUUAAAAUGAAUCUCAUGAAAACAGCUGGUUUGAUUUGGUAAAUCCUGUUGCUGCAUUUAUUUGUAUUAUUUUUGGUACCUAGAAUUUUUUAGGAUCAGGUGGAAAAUUUCAAGAGAAACUUGACAAAAGUUAAGUUUUUGUUUCCUACCUGAUCUAACCAAUUAAGCUUUUAGUUUUUUUUUCAAACUUUUUUCCAUCGACCGAAUGCUGUUAUUUAAGUUGGCAUGUAGGUUCAAAGGAUGUGUUUACUUCUGAAUUUGAGUUGGACUUUUGAAGCUGGAGAAUGCAACACCAAGAUGAUAGUGUUUGUGAUCCGUGCAAACAGAGAAUUAUAAGACAAAGUCCCUCCCCGAUUUGAUUAUGAAAUUUUCCCAUGCAUUUUGUGAUUAGUUGAACUUGUAAGAUGGAGGAAAGAUUGUCCAAGACUUAAAUUGUUGAUAGAUUCAGAGACCAUCAUUGUUAAUAAAAAAAAUAGUGCAUGCUAAUUAAAUUUAAAUAUAAAUAACUAUUUAUGACUUUAAUACAUGUUAAAAUUCAUAUUUUGAUCCCCUUUGCCCUUUAGGUCCUUUUAAUUUUUUUUAGAAAUAUCUGUAUAAAGUAAAAACUGGUUGCUUUGUUUUUAGGGUAUGGGAGUUCUUGACCAAUCUUCACUGUCAGAAGCCAACUUUGACCAGUCAGGAAAUAGUGAUGGAGAGAAUUCAUUGCUAGUUGAAAAUCAAGGUUUGUGUGAAAUGUUACUGAAAAGUCUUUACAUUUUUUUCUAUUGCCUAGGAUGCUGUGAGAAUGGAGCUGAGAUAAUUAUUUUUCUUUAGUGUGGCUUUAUAGAAACGAAAGAAUAUGAACUUAUGUAUUGUAGCUAACAUGAUUUCAAGGAACAUUCCUCUUAAGCUGCAUCUUCUUCAGUAAUAACUUGUGCUUAUUUCUCAGGUCCUCUGUUAUGUGAGGUAAAUUUUACAUUUACAUUGACAACUCCAUCCCCCAUGCCCACAUAUCUCAAUAUCCACUACAUUUGUGAAAGUGCUUCGCGGCUUCUCUUUCUCUCCAUGCAUUGGACGCGAUCUGUCUCAGCUUUCCAGGAACUCAGGUACAAAUUUCAGACUAUUAGUUAAAUUUAUUUCUCCCUAAUCUAUCAUAUUUUAAACAAAUUCAAACUUCCUAUUAAAUUCAUAUAUGCGAUGUGUAAACCAUAUUGUGUUAUUUAUAUAUUGUAUACCUGUGCGUUAAUAAAUUAACCUUGCUGAUAUUGGUUACACAACUUGGUGUAAAUUAGGGAUCUAUUUAAAUUAAGUUGCCCGUCCAUUUACAACCUAUGCAAAUGUAAAGUAAACUUUCUAAUGGGAAGUGAAAAAAUAAAUGUGGUUUAUUAACCAAUUACUUGUUUUUAAGAAUUUAUUUACCAACACUACAGAGACUGACAUAAAAUAAUUCUCCUAUUUUUAUCUUAAAUUUUAAAAAGAAAUGAUGCUUACAUUUUUUGAAGUUUUUUAAAAUAAAAUAUAUACUUUUGUUAUCUUUUAUUUUCAUAAAUGUGAAACUACCAGUCAAAGUUUUGUUUUUUAUAUAUAUAUAUAUUUCAGUGCUGAUCUUCAAACUGCUCUAGUUCGUUCUUGUUGGAGUGAACUUUUCACUUUAGGACUGGCUCAGUGCUCUGCAACAAUGUGCCUGCCAACUAUGCUGGCAGCCAUCUUGAAUCACUUGCAGGCUAGUCUGCAGAGGGGAAGUAAGUUUAUUUUUAGGAUAAAUAACAAGAUGAGAUGUGAUAGUAGGAAAUUAGAAUAGUCCUUUUUUUUUUUCAUCCUUGCCUUGAAUGUACUAGUAUCCAAAUUAGUAUUUCUAAAGGUAAACAGGCAGGUUUAGAAUUGAUGGCACCAACAGAAAUAAAAUUAUUGGCUUCCUUGAAGAUAAUUUUUAUUUAUUAUUUAGAAAAAAGAGGAUGGUAGAGUGUUUUGACAAAAUAUUACUAUGUAAGUAACUUUUUUUUUUACCAGUUUUGCAGGCCUUUUAGUAAAAGUAAUCUGAUUAAUUUGAAUGCUCUCCUGAGAAUUGUUUAUUUCUUAUAUAAGCAGAUCACAGCAAUCAGGAUAAGGUGAAAAGUGUCAUAGAGCAUAUCAUUCGACUGCAAGACUAUGUCACACACAC